UCCAAAAAUGUCAGGUCAAACACCUCCAUCAAACCCCACCACCACUGAUCCCUACCAAUACCUCCAAAUAGUCAACAACUCCGACGGCACCAUCACACGCCACCGCAAAAUCCCAAACACCCCAGCCACACCAGAUCCUGACCACCCCACUCCAGUUCUCUCCAAAGACAUCCCUCUAAACCAAUCAAACAAAACCUGGGUCAGAAUAUUCCUACCCAAACAAGCACUCAAUAAUCCCUCUUCUUCCAAACUGCCUCUCAUAGUUUACUUCCAUGGUGGAGGGUUCAUCCUUUACAGUGCAUCCUCAACAGUGUUUCAUGACUUUUGUUCAAACAUUGCCAUUGAUGUCAAUGCUAUCAUCGUAUCAGUUGACUAUCGUCUUGCUCCUGAGCAUCGUUUACCUGCAGCUUACGAUGAUGCUGUAGAAACACUGCACUUUAUCAAAACCAACCAAGAUGAAUGGCUUACAAAAUAUGCUGAUUUUUCUAACACUUCUAUUAUGGGUUCUAGUGCAGGUGGUAACGUGGCCUACCAUGCAGCACUACGUGAAGCUGAUCAAAUUGAAAAUCUUGAGCCUUUGAUAAUCAGAGGGCUGGUAUUGCACCAACCAUAUUUUGGUGGGACCCAGAGGACUGAGUCAGAGCUAAAAUUGGCCAAUGACCCUGUGUUGCCACUGCCACUGUUUGUGAAUGACCUUAUGUGGGAGUUAUCGUUGCCAAUUGCCGUUGACCGUGAUCAUGAGUAUUGCAAUCCAACGGUGGGUGGUGGAUCUCAGAGGUUGGAGAAGAUUAGAUUGCUGGGAUGGAGGGUCUUGGUGAUUGAUUGCAAAGGGGACCCACUGAUUGACCGUCAGAUUGAGCUGGUUAAGAUGAUGGAAGAGAAGGGUGUAGUUGUGGUGAGUCAAUUUGACGAGGGUGGUCACCAUGGAGUAGAUCUUCAAGACCUGUCCAGGGCUAAGGCACUGAAUGUGGUCUUAAAGAAUUUCAUGCUAACUUCCUAAUUGGCUAUCCAGGAAAAAUAAUGGGUCUGCUUUAUCUUAGAAAAAUAAAAAAAUAAAUUACUAAAUUUACUUGUUUU